AUGGUGUCGGCGACGAAGGAGAUGGUGGCUUACUGCUUCGACACUCUCCUUGCUCACUACAACAGCGAAGAACCUCCUGCCCCAGCCUUCGAUGAGGGCCAACAUCCAUUGUUUGUUACUUGGAAGAAAGUGGUGAAUGGUAGUGAGACUCGUUUGCGUGGAUGUAUUGGAACACUAGAAGCUCGUAGCUUGAUGAAUGGAUUCAAGGACUAUGCUCUAAACAGGUAUUACAACAGAUCUUGUACUUUACAUCUUGACCAUUUCUGUAUCAUAUGCAGUCACAUGUACGCGCAGUAA